CGGGGCCGUGGAGGUACAGGGAGCAGCCCGGCCCAAAGCGCCUUUGCGUCACACGGCGGCGCCGGAAGUCGGAGUGCGCAGGCUUCCGGACGCGCACUAGACCUCAGCUUCCUCUGCUUUGAGGGCAGGGAGUCGCCAUGGUGUCAGACGAGGAUGAAUUGAAUCUUCUGGUCAUCAUAGUUGAUACCAACCCAAUUUGGUGGGGGAAGCAAGCAUUAAAGGAAUCUCAGUUCACCCUGUCCAAGUGCAUGGACGCCGUGCUGGUGCUGGGCAACUCCCACCUGUUCAUGAACCGCUCCAACAAGCUGGCCGUGAUCGCCAGUCACAUCCAUGAGAGUCGAUUCUUGUACCCUGGAAAGAAUGGCAGACUUGGAGACUUCUUUGGAGACGCCGGGAACCCCCCUCCUGAAUAUAAUCCCUCGGGGAGUAAAGACGGCAAAUACGAGCUGCUGACGGCAGCCAACGAGGUGAUAGUCGAGGAGAUUAAAGAUCUGAUGACCAAGAGUGACAUAAAAGGCCAACACACCGAGACCUUGCUGGCUGGGUCCCUCGCCAAGGCCCUGUGCUACAUUCAUAGAAUGAACAAAGAAGUUAAAGAUAAUCAGGAGAUGAAAUCAAGGAUAUUGGUGCUCAAGGCCGCGGAGGACAGCGCGCUGCAGUACAUGAACUUCAUGAAUGUCAUCUUCGCUGCGCAGAAGCAGAAUAUUUUGAUCGACGCCUGUGUUUUAGACACUGACUCAGGACUUCUCCAGCAGGCCUGUGACAUCACGGGGGGGCUGUACCUGAAGGUGCCCCAGAUGACGUCCCUGCUGCAGUACUUACUGUGGGUUUUCCUCCCGGAUCAAGACCAGAGAGCGCAGCUAAUUCUGCCGCCCCCCAUCCACGUGGACUACCGUGCAGCCUGCUUCUGUCACCGGAACCUCAUCGAGAUCGGCUACGUGUGCUCCGUGUGUCUGUCCAUCUUCUGCAACUUCAGCCCCAUCUGCACCACCUGCGAGACGGCCUUUAAGAUUUCUCUCCCUCCUGUGCUGAAGGCCAAGAAGAAGAAACUGAAAGUGUCUGCGUGAUGCGGCGGGGUUUCUCUUCAGGCCAUCGUGGCUGGAAGGCCCAGAACCGCAGGCCUGUGCGGGUUGUUUUUCACCGGGCUCAUGUGGCCAAGCCAGCCUGCUAGACCCUGCCUCGGCUGGAGCUGGAGGAGGUGCCGGCAGUGCACACUGCCAUCGGCGGCACCUUCCAGGCCAGCUGGGAUAAACCCUGAGUCUUCCUGAGGGUCAGCAGGUAGUUAUUCUUUUGACUGACCCCACAAGUGUCGGGGCCGCUCUCUGAAUACUCAGGGUGGCUUGUCCCCGAAUAGCUGCGGAGUUUAACUCUGAAUGAGAAAGGUGAGCAAGGCUGGAAGCUGCUUGCCGAGUGUUCCUCACAUACGGCGGUGGGCAGAGGAUUGUGAAAGCUGAUGGUAGGUUCUGGGGAGAAUGAGCUCUGCAUUAUCUGUUGUCUGCACAUACAAUUCUGUCAUUUUUUUAAUGGGAAAAACAUUAGCUGGGCACAGUGUCUGUCACCUGCCUGUUACCUCAGCACCCUGGGAGGCUGAGGCAAGAGGAUUGCAAAUUCCAGCCCAGCCCCUGCAACUUAAUCAGAGCCUGUCUCAAAAACUAAAAUGGCUGCAUGUGGUGAUGCACACCUGUAAUCCCAGCACUUGGGAGGCUGAGGCAGGCAGAUCGCUGCGAGCUCCAGACCAGCCUGGGCUACAAAGUGAGCCCAAGCCCAGCCUGAACCACAUAGUGAGACCCUGUCUCAAAAAAAAAAAAAAAAACAUUAAAAUGGAGGGCUAGGGAUUUAGCUUAGUGACAAAAGUGCCUGCCUAGCAAGUGUGAGAUUGUGAGUUUGAUCCCUGGUACCAAAAAAAAAAAGCUAAAAUAGGCUGAGAAUGUACCUCUUUCCAGAGGGCCUGAAGGCCAAUUCUCAGAACCAAAAAAGGCCCAUAAAUUAAUAUUGGGGAACUCUUUCUAAAAGUGCUGAACUGAAUAUUGAAGCUUUUGUAAAUUCAAAAGAAAUAUUAUUUGUAAUUUCAACAAUAAAAAACUAUUUUUCAAUUUAAUAAUGUUCCUUGAGAUACCUUCCUAAAAAUUUCAAUUUAAUAUUUUUCUUAGAUUUUUUUUUUUUUUUUUUUCCUGAGAGUCUCACUAUUAGUACAGGCUGACUUUGAAAUCACUGUGUGGCCCAUGCUGGUCUCGAAUUCAUAGCAAACCACUUGCCUGAGCCUUCUGAGUUCUGGAAUUACAAGUUUGAGCUACAUUGUCUGGCAUUCCUAGAAAUUAUUAAAAGUGUUCCUAAGUUCCAGUAUAGUAUAGGAAAAGUUUAAGGAAUUAUAGCGAAUUUGGAGUUUCUUAAAAGUGUAUUGACAAAAAACAUUUGUGUACAAAGUAUACAAAUAGAUUUGAAAACUCUUUAGACCAUCUCUUGGUUUGUUUUUUCAUUUUUUAGGCAAGGUUUUGCUGUGUAGUCCAGGCUGGCCUUGAACUCACAGAGACCCUCUUACCUCAGCCUCUUGAGUGCCAGGAUUACAGGUGUGCACCACCACGCCACACUGACUUAUCUCUGAAGCCGAAUCUUUAUUAGAUAAUUUUGUGUUUGCACCAGUAACUUCAGAUAGAUUUUUAAAAUUUUUGCUUUAUGAAUUUGUAAACAAAUAUACAAAGAUUUUGAUAAUCCUUUUGCAUAUAUUUGUUAGUCCUUGAGUUUAAGAUCAGGUGGUGUCAUGUGUGUCCCCCCCCCCAUAGUCUACUUAAGCGUAAUUGGAAUAAUUAUUUUAGCCUAGGAAAUAAAGAUCUAAAAGAUGCAUAAUUUCUAAUAAGUGAACAAGGCUUGGUUAUUUCUCAUUUGAAGUGUUUUAUACACUUGCUUAGUUCUGCUCCAGUUUUUUAACUGUCAUGUUUAUGAUUUCUUUUAUAUAAAUUUGUUUAAUAAAAUAUUAAAUUUCCAUAGUUGAA